CACAGUGUGUGUAAACAAAGCGCAGUUCGUGUCGUGCGUGCGUACACGAGUGCACGGUGCUCCAAACAAUAAAAGCAGUCGUGCUUUGUACCUACGGAAAAGGAUUCUCCUAGCAAACGUGUACCGGAAGCAGGAAGUGGUCGCUCUAUCGGAACUAGAAUUAGCGUGCUUUGUUGUUGUUGUUGCUGUGCCAGUUUGGAGCGGAAAUGGAAGGUUCUACUGCUACCGUGCAGCGGCGGGAAGUGCCAAUGAACCAUCUUUUCGAUGGCGGUGCACUGAACGUGUACGAUCAGCAGGUGGCCAACCUGUCGGCCGGUGCACCGGGGCCGGAUUUGCUUGGCAAGAGUGCGCAAUUCUUUCAGCAAGCUACCGAAGAGCGGAUCAAAUAUGAGCUAAAAAAUUCAUCCUUCCUCUUCCAAUACGGUCCAUCGAUUGGUACGACGGAAUUUCGCAAAUCGCUCGCCUCCUUCCUUGCCGACGGCUAUCGGAGCGAGGUAAACAUGUCCGAUCUGGUUCAAACCAGUGGUGCGACGAACGGGCUGCACCUGAUACUCUCCACCCUGGUCGAUCUGGCGGGCGUAAUAUUCGUCGACGAGUACACGUACAUGAUAGCGCUCGAAACCAUCGCCCAGUUUAAUACCAUGAAAAUAGUACCAGUGCCCCUCGACGAGGACGGCCCUAACAUCGCCACUCUGCAGGCGCUGAUCGAUCAGCACCGGUUCGAGCCGACGAAAGGGAAACUAUUUUGGGGCGUUUAUUACACGAUGCCGACGUUCCACAACCCGACCGGUAUCGUCUUCUCCGAGGCAAAGUGUCAACAGCUGAUAAAACUCGCUCGCGCAACCGACAUCUUGAUUGCGUGUGACGACGUGUACAAUUUAUUGCACUACGCUGAUCCGGACGCGCCACCGCCAAAGCGCCUGUUCGCGCGCGACAUUGCCGACCUGGGCCGGGUGGAGGGAUGGCGCGGCAACGUGAUCUCGAACGGAUCCUUCUCCAAGAUCCUGUCGCCCGGCAUACGGCUCGGCUGGAUGGAGUGUCCUCCGCGCUGUGUCGAAGCAUUCCGCAACAGUGGAGUGCUCAUGAGUGGAGGUGCGGCCAACAACUACACCGGCGGUGUAGUGGCCACCCUCAUCCAGAUGGGCCUGGCACGGCGACAGCUGGACCACUACCGCACCAACUACGCCGCACGGCUGGACGCGAUGGCGGAAACGCUACAGGCGCACCUUCCCGCCGGCUGCAGCUUCCGCAAACCGAACGGCGGGUACUUCGUGUGGAUCCGCUUCCCAUCGCACAUCGACUGUGCCGAGUUUAAUCGGUACUGUUUGGAGAAGUAUCGCGUUUCCGCCAUUCCCGGCGUACGGUUCUCUUUCGCGAAGGAGGCGCGCCACUUUCUGCGCCUCACGUUUGCGUUCCACGAGCCGGAUUAUCUGCGCCGCAGCGUGCGGACACUGUGCGAGGCGGCCAGGGAGUAUCUGGAGAUAGCUGCCAGCACAGUGUAGCUUCCCCUAGCCCACCCAUCGACUUCUUGAUCGACGCAAAUCUGUUAUCUGUGCGAUACUUUACGACGGUACAGAGCAAAAGGCUACGAUAUAAAGCAGCACAGGCAAAUACUAUUUAUAGAUCUGUAAAAAAAAUAAAUAAAUAAAAACGACCCCCGCCGUGUAAGACACAUAUCGGUGGCAGAAAGA